AUGGCGAGCUCUCUGCAAAGGCUAGCAAGCCAAUCUCGCAAAACCUACCGAUCUUCCAUCACUACAUUAUCGAGAGCAUUCUCCACGGAAGACUCGUUGGUCGAAAUUAAACCCGGUGAGUUCGGUCUGGUAUCCGGUAUUCCCGAAGAACACCUUCGCCGAAAGGUUUUGAUUUAUUCCCCUGCUCGAACUGCCACGCAACAAGGAUCAGGAAAGGUUGGGAGGUGGAAAAUCAAUUUCAUGUCCACACAGAAAUGGGAAAAUCCGUUGAUGGGCUGGACGUCUACAGGAGACCCAUACUCCCAUGUUGGUGAUUCUGCACUAGGUUUUGACAGUGAAGAAGCUGCAAAAGCAUUUGCUGAAAGGCAUGGUUGGGAAUACGCGGUUAAGAAGCCACAAACACCACUAUUGAAGGUCAAAUCAUAUGCAGACAACUUCAAAUGGAAGGGCCCGCCCAAGGAGAACUGA